AUGGUCCUCAAGCCUCACCCCUUGGCAGCCACUGCAAGGUCACAUCUACCCCAGGACCACAUAAAAAGGGCUACAUCCUGCUCUGAGAAUAACUCUGGCAGUGCUGUUGACAUCAGACUAGAGCCUGACAGGGCUGCAGAGAGAGGCAUUGGGACCAUGGACCCCAGGAAGGCGCUGGUGGUUUACUCUGUGCACAUGGAGAAAAAGGAGAAUGCUGCCGCCCACCACACAUUGGAUUUCCAGACCAAGAAGCUUGUGCUCAGACGUGGACAGUUAUUCAACAUGAGGGUGAUACUAAACAGACCUCUCCAUCCUCAGGACAGACUGAAGCUGACGUUCGUUGUUAGAGGAUCAAACGUGCCAUCCUUGGAGCUUGAUCCGAUGACAUCCUUCUGUUCUAAGGGCUGGCAGGUGAAAAUUGCCAAGCAGACCGGUGAAGAGGUCAAACUGGCUGUCUUCAGUGCCGCUGAUGCUAUAGUGGGAAGGUACAAACUGCGUGUAAAUGAAUAUAAAGUUGGAGAAUUCUUCCUUCUCUUCAAUCCAUGGUGUGCAGAUGACAACGUUUACAUGCCUCGUGAGGAGGAUCGGGCAGAGUACGUCCUUGAUGAUUCUGGCUACAUUUACAUGGGUUUUGCCAAACAAAUUAAAGAGAAGCCCUGGACCUUUGGUCAGUUUGAAAAGUACGUUCUGAACUGCUGCUUAUCCCUGUUGGAACAACUGGAGCCCAAUGAUAUGCAGAACCCGGUGCAUGUGUCCAGGAAUAUUUGCACUAUGAUGAGUGCUGCAGACAAUGGCGUGCUAGUGGGGAACUGGUCAGGAGACUACAGCAGUGGUACUACCCCGUACGUGUGGGCCAGCAGUGUGCCCAUCCUGCAGCAGUACUUCUUCACCAAGGUGCCUGUGUGCUUCGGCCAGUGCUGGGUUUUCUCUGGAAUCCUGACCACAGCACUGAGAGCAGUGGGCAUCCCAGCUCGCAGCGUGACUAACUUUGAGUCAGCCCAUGAUACAGAAAAGAAUCUCACAGUAGACAUCUACCUGGAUGAAUCGGGCAAGACAAUUGCACAUCUGACCAAAGACUCUGUCUGGAAUUUCCACGUGUGGACAGAUGCCUGGAUGAGAAGGCGGGAUCUACCCCAGGGCAACGAUGGCUGGCAGGUCCUGGAUGCUACGCCCCAGGAAAUCAGUGAGGGAAGCUUCCGCACUGGACCUUCUUCACUGAGUGCCAUCCGUCAGGGAGAAGUCCAAACUCAGUAUGACACCAAGUUUGUCUUCACGGAGGUCAAUGGUGACAAGUUGAUCUGGCUGGUGAAGUAGAACCAGGGGAAGGUCCUCCCAGUGUAAACUGCGAGUAUUGGCAAGCACAUCAGCACCAAGAUGGUGGGCGAGAACAGACGUGAAGAUAUCACCUUCCAGUACAAGUUCCCAGCAGGCUCUCCGGAGGAGAGGAAGGCCAUGGACAGGGCCUCUGGUAAACGUCCUGAUGAGAACAAGCCCACCUCGCCACAUAACAGCUUUCUUCAGAUACAUGUCUCCCAGAACUCUGUGGAGCUGGGAUAUCCUGUCACUUUGACCCUAGUUUUGAAAAGGAAAACGCACACCCCACAGAAUGUCAGCAUUUCAUGUUCCCUCAACCUCCAGACAUAUACAGGCAAUAAGAAGACAAACCUGGGAGUCAUCCAGAAGACGGUGCAGAUCCAAGGUCAAGAAUCAGAGGUGGUUCUCAGCAUGGAUGCCAACUCCUACAUCUACAAACUGGGCAUGGUUGAUGAUGAGGUGGUCAUCAAGGGGUUCAUCAUUGCAGAAAUCUCAGGAACUGGUGACAAAGCGGCCACUGACACCACCCUGAGUUUCCUGUACCCUGCUUUCUCUGUUGAGAUGCCUAGCACAGGCAAGGUCAACAUGCCACUUUCAUUCAACUGCUCCUUCAAGAACACCCUGCCCAUCCCUCUGACUAACAUCAAGUUCUCAGUGGAAAGCCUGGCCCUCUCUAAGAUGCAAUCCUGGAAGCAAGGGACACUGUCACCUGGAAUGUCCAUCAAUUUCCAAAUGAAAUUAACCCCAGUGAGAACUGGAUCCAAGAAAUUUAUUGUCAAGUUUACUUCUAGAGAAGUGAAGGAGGUUGAUGCCGAGAAGAUCAUUCUCAUCACCUAGCCCAGCU